UGCAAAUCAAUUGUGGCUGUUAAGGUUUCCAAUUUGCAACACUAUUCGGCACUUCCUCUCUUCCGUAAUCUUACUUUCAGAUUUCAGUCUCAGUAAAGCUUUUUUGGCACCAGCCAAAAUGGGUUCAGUUAUAUACUCUUUCUCGGAGUGAGGGCUUUUGUUCCAAGUGGUUUACUGCUUCAGCCUUCAGCUUCAGGGUUGGUGGGUUUUGUACUGAGUUAAAGAAAUGCCUCUAUAUGAUUGUAUGCUUUUAUUGAAGCCCCAUGUGAAGAAGGAGGGGCUCAUCGAUUUGGUAGCACGUGUAGGUAGACAUGUUUAUAGCAGAAAUGGGGUUCUCACUGAGCUCAAAUCAUUUGGCACUGUUCAAUUAGGUUAUGGCAUCAGGAAGCUCUCCGGAAGAUACUACCAGGGUCAACUCAUGCAGAUGACAAUGAUGGCCACACCCAAUAUCAACAAGGAGCUGCAGUACUUGAACAAGGAAGACAGACUGUUGCGUUGGCUUUUAGUUAAGCAUCGUGACUCGAAAUAUGGGCUGGAAUUCCUUAAUGAAGAUGAUGGGGAAUUGGAGCUUAGCAAACUCUCUCGAGGCAAUAUAUAUGAAGAGGACAUUGAUGACGACGACGACGACGACGAUGAUGAUGAAUACGAUGAGAACCCAGGCAAUGGCGGAAAACUCUGAUCGGUAUAAGAUUUUGAUAAUCCGAGGAUAGAGCAGAACCUGAUAGAUAAUUGAAGUCGAUAACUAUGUUCUUUGUCUUUGUAGCAUGCCUUUUUAAAGUUUUGAAUGAUCCAACUUAUGUUGUUUGUAGGUCUUUAAGAGACUAGAAGAAAUACAGGGAAUUGCGACCAUAUUUCAAUAAAUGAGUGUUUUAAUUUGUUUA